AUGCCCAAGGUCAAGAGCUAUUCGGCCCCUUGGCUGGCCAAGAACGCCCCAGGCCAUCAGCUCUUCGAACCCAUCGCCGACCUCGCCCGACCCCAGGCUCUAUCCACCAAGACACAGCACCAGCCCGGCCCGAGGAGAACAAUCGCUCGUUGGGGCACACAGGUCUUUGUCGCCAUUGGCAAGGAGAUCCGCUGGGGUGACCUCGCCUACAUCAAAGAGCAGUGGACUGCUCGACAUUCGAGAAACGGCGGAUAUGGAACCAGGAUCAAGACAGAGGACUCUUUCGCGUCCGUUGAAUCCGACUUGGAUCUGGAGCACGCACCGGGCAUGAGGGACUUGCAGACCAUCAAAACGCGUUGUGCCGAAGACAUUCGACAACUCGUCAUCUCCCAAAACUCCAAUUAUCUAGCCAUCCUCACCGCAUACACCGUCCACAUCUGCGUACUCCCCGAUUCGUCACAUCUGACCAGCGAGGACAAUGGGCCGCUGAAGCCCAAGAUGUUCACCCUCGGACCUACGACCCACGUAACAUCACGAGCACCCAUCAUGUCCGCGCUAUGGCAUCCUCUGGGAGUAAACGGCACCUGCCUCGUCACAGUCACCGCCGAUGCGAUUGUCCGCGUCUGGGAAAUCGAUGCCGCGAAUCGAUGGUCCUUCGACAACCCGACGACCUCCGUCGACUUGAAGAAGCUUGCGGACGGAACGAGCUUGGAUCAGGAUUUCUCAGCGUCUGUCACGGCAACGAACAAGGGCUUCUCCCCUGACUCCUUCGACAUGGAAGUGGCGGCCGCAAGCUUCGCGACUAAGGGAUCGGGAGGCUGGGACCCCAUGACACUCUGGAUAGCGAUGCGAGAAGGCGAUGUCUACGCUCUGUGCCCUCUUCUGCCCCAGAAGUGGGCGCCUCCGCCGACCCUGAUUCCCUCAUUGUCGGUUUCCAUUGUCACAACGGUGGCCAGUAUCGAAGACGACCCCGAGGUUUCCGACUACGAGAAACUCCUGGCGCAACAGCAGCUCGAGUGGAUGGGCGAACUUGACGCUCAGGAACCUACUGUUCUGGAGGGGCCGCCCGGCGAACCGAUGAUCGAAGUCUACAACCGACCCUCGCGACCUGGUACCAUUCCUAGACUACAAGGGCCUUUCGACCUAAACGCAGACCCAGAGACGGGCGACGAUUUGGAUACAGCAAUCACAGACAUUGUGGUCAUUGGAAAGAAGACGGAAACCGACGAAUUGAUGCUUGGGGAAGAGGAGGAAUUGGAAUUGGAAGAGCGAGACCGAGAGGGCGCCUCGCUUACCGUGGUCAGCCUCUUGUCUGUCAGUGGCCAGGUUCGAGUGUACCUAGAUCUGGACGGUGUCCAAGCCCAAUGGCUUCCCCCCAAGAGCAAGUCGCGGCUGGGACGCUUACUGGCAGAUUCAAGCCUAUCAUCAGAACUCCUGGCUUUCCAGGCCAUUGAUACCAUGAGCCCAGUCGAGGUCAACGAGGAAAGCUGGCCGGUGUUCAGCCAAGACGUCAUGUCCCGCUACAACCUCUAUGUUACACAUCACGCGGGCAUUGUCUUCCUCUCCCUGGCACCCUGGAUAUUCCGCCUCGAAAAGGAACUCGCGGGAGACUCGGAGGCAGGCACAGACUUCAGGAUUGGCUUGGUGGUCAACUCACAAUCGUCACGAGACCGACUGUUCUCGCAGCCCACUUCGGAUGCGGUUGUUCCUCUCGCGGCAGCCGUCGUUCUGCAGGAUCCUGAUGUCGGCUACUUUCUCCUCUCUGCCACCCCCUAUGAGCCAAUCGCGUUAACGUUCGACUCCCCCGAAACCGAUCUCGUGCUCGUCAAGCUGGAGAGCAGUCCCGUACGCGAGCUCGAGGCGGUCCCCGCGCCAUUGGACUUCUACGAGCCUCGCCCCGUCUUCCAGCCGUCUCAUGCCUUUGACCAGCCAUCCCACCUGCCGACGAUGCUCGACCGCCUGCGCACGUCGCGUCACAAGACGCUCGUCAACCAAGAAGUGAGGCUGAGUCCCGUGACCCUUGGCAUAUUCACAGACGCGCAUAAGCUCCUUGCCGAUGAGACCUACCGGCUGGGCGUGGCCGCGUCAGAGGUGUUCCGGCGCUGUGAGGUCCUCCAAGCUGAGCUCCGCCAACAGGUGAAUAAGGCGAACCAAGUGCGGAGCAAGAUUGAGACUAUUAGUGGAGCUAAUCGCGACGAUGGCGAGGGUGAUAAUGCAGCAUAUGAGCGAAGGAUUGCCGAAGCGCAGGAUCGACAGGACAGACUCACUAAGCGUGUCGAAGGGCUCCGCAAGAUCAUCGGCAAGGCGACGACGAGGGAUCUGAGCGCCAAGGAGCGCGCGUUCUUCAACGAGGUUAGAACAAUGGAGGAGAGCUUAUUGGAACGGACCUCUUCCGAAGGCGAUGAUCGGAAUAACCAGGCUGGGGCCUCGGGCGCAUCUAAGCCGCUCUGGAAGCGAUUGGAAGAGGCCAAGACUCUGCAGGAUGAGCUGCUGGACGAGGUCGCGGCUCUCAAGAAGGCUGAAGGCGUGACGGACUCGGGCAGCUUGGGCACCACAGAGCUCCGGAUCCCGCAAGACAUACGGCGAUCCAAGCUCCAGCAAGUUCAGGGUCUCCUGUCAAGAGAGACAGCCCUCGUCGAGGCUGUCAGGGCGAGAUUGGAGAGGCUACAAACGCUCUGA